AUGACAGCAAGUACAACUAUGUCCAAUACUAAAACAGUUAGUUUACGAGAUCCUACCAAUACAUUAAUCCUUACUAAAAUAGAUCAAGCUUUAUUACAUGAUCCUCAACCUUUAGUUACCUUCUUAGCUCAAGAUAAUAACUUCAUCAUAGAAUUAAUAUCAUUACCUAAAUUCCAUAGAAUACUUAUUCUUUGUGAAGAUAGUAACAUAGCAACCAAGAUAUCUCAACUUCUUCAAGAUUCACCGGCUUGGAAUACAAUAUCAAUAUCCUAUAGUCUCAGAGAUAAUGAAAUAAGUAUCCUUAAUCAUAAAUCAAUCUUACCUUCAACUUUAUCACAGUUUAAUGGAUAUGGUCCUUAUCAUAUAGAUAGUGCUAAUAGUAUGGAUUAUUUGGAAUUGCCCCUGGAAUUAGGAAGUAGACGAUUUCUUAUCUCCCCUCCCAUAUCACCUCAUGCUGACUGGAAUGAUUAUGAUAAAGUUGAAGAUCCUCCUAAUAAUAAAUCGAUUUAUUCUCCUGGUGACUUAUCUAAUUUACUUUGGGAAAGAUUAGGUGGAUUUGAUAGUACCAUGGUUAGAAAAUAUCAACAUGAAGACGAUGAUGAUGAAGACAUAGAAGGUGAUGACAAUAACAACAAAGGAUCGGGCAUAGGUGCAACUGGUGUGUCUCAAUCAAACACAGUCGAAUCAACCACGCAUUAUGAUAUCAGUAAGAACCCAGAAAUAUUAUUUGAUGAUAAUAGUGGCACAGUACCUGUUAUAAUUCUUGAUAGUAUUAAAAACUCUGGUCCCAUUGAUCCAUCAUCACAAUUGUUCGAACCUACUCAAAGAAUUCCAAAAACAGUUAUGCCCCCAUUUUGA